UACCUCCCUCUGCUGUUACCAGCGAGAAGUUCCUCGACAAUGGGAAAUCAUGUACUUGCGGCUUCAAUUUCCAUGCUCUCGCUCCUGGCGAUGAUGGGAGACACGGACAGUAAAACAGACAGUUCCUUCAUGAUCGACUCCGACCCCAGCCGCUGCAUGAGGCAUCACUACGUCGACUCCAUCAGCCACCCCCUGUACAAGUGUAGCUCAAAGAUGGUGCUGCUGGCUCGCUGCGAAGGGCGCUGCAGCCAGACGUCACGCUCGGAGCCGAUGGUUUCUUUCAGCACCGUCCUGAAGCAGCCUUUCCGCUCCACCUGCCACUGCUGCCGGCCCCAGACCUCCAAGCUGAAGGCCAUGCGGUUGCGAUGCUCGGGGGGCAUGCGGCUCACUGCCACCUACCGCUACAUCCUCUCCUGCCACUGCGAGGAGUGCAACUCCUAG